AUGGUCGGCUCGAGACUUCGGAAAUAUCUUUGGCUUAUUACAAAGAAGGCCAGUCGAGAUGCGUUGCCGCACAAGGGAUUCCACUUCGGCGAGAUUGUCGCGCCGCCGGACAAGCUCAAUACCGUCAACGACCCGAAGAGAACUCUGAACAUUGAUGCAGAGAAUUACGAUUGGCUUUACUUUAAAGAGACGCCGACAGUGCGAUACGUGACCAAUAAUCUCCUCCUCACCUAUUCUGAUAAUUUGUUGGUCCUUACCCGCCCGACAAAGAUCGUCGGAUUUCAUCCUGCGUUCGGCUCUCCAAACCCGCUAAGCGGCCCGGGGACACUAACUCAGAGGAGUGGAAACAGCGCCAGCUACGACAGUAUAUCAUAA